UCUACCACAUCCACUGACACAAACAUGUCUGCUAAGGGACAAUGCAAGGACCCAUGUGCCCCAGUUUGCCAGGACCAAGCACCCAAAUGCUGCCCAGAUCCAUGUGCUCCACCCCCUUGCCAAGAUCCAUGUGCUGUACAGGAUCCCUGCUGUAAGCAGCAAGGUGUUUCAGGCAAAGGCUAUGCAGGUCAAGGAGGACUUGGUGGAUUCGGUGGUGGAUUCGGUGGUGGAUUCGGUGGUGGACUCGGUGGCAAGAAGUGAAGGAACA